AUGACGGAGGUAGCAAGCGCGGUGGUGCAUGAUGUGCUUGGCCGCCGCGUGGAUGACGUUGACCAGCCGAUUGUUGAUUACAUCAUCAAUGUCCUCGCCGAUGAGGAUUUCGAUUUCGGCGCCGACGGCGAAGGUGUCUUUGAAGCCCUUGGUGAGCUCCUUGUUGGCUCCGAGUGCGUCGCUGACUAUUCUGAAUGUCGCACGGUAUGUAGUAAGAUAUCUGAGAAGUUUGGUAAACAUGUUGUGAAAGAGAAACCAACUGUGAGAAGCCUCUUAGCUCCACUGAGAAUGUUUGAUGGAAUGGAUGAAGAGGAAGCUCCUAAGAAGAAGCCGGAACCUGUAGAUGGUCCGCUGCUGACUGAGCGUGAUAAGAUGAAGCUGGAGAGGAGGAAGAGAAAAGAGGAUCGCCAAAGAGAGGUGCAAUAUCAGUCGCACUUAAAGGAAAUGGAAGCAGUCAAAGCUGGGAUGCCUGCUGUAGCUGUAACUCAUGACAAUAGUGAUGGACCAGCAGUCAGAGACAUCCACAUGGAGAACUUCACUAUUUCUGUUGGGGGUCGUGACCUUAUUGUGGAUGGUUCCGUGACCCUAUCUUAUGGGAGGCACUAUGGCCUUGUUGGUAGGAAUGGUACUGGUAAAACAACUUUCCUCAGGUACAUGGCAUUGCAUGCUAUUGAGGGUAUUCCCAAGAAUUGCCAGAUUUUACAUGUGGAGCAAGAAGUGGUUGGCGAUGAUACGACAGCCCUGCAAUGUGUGCUAAAUUCUGAUGUGGAAAGAACUCAACUUUUGGAAGAAGAAUCUCGUCUUCUUGCACUACAGAAAGAAAUGGUCCCAGAUGGGAACUCAGGAAAAAGCAACAUGGAGCUGAAUGAAGUUGAUAAAGCUUCAGCUUCACAGAGGCUUGAAGAGAUAUAUAAGAGGCUAGAGUUCAUUGAUGCUUACUCUGCUGAGGCUCGUGCAGCUUCCAUUCUUGCGGGACUCAGUUUCUCCUCUGAGAUGCAAAAUAAGCCUACUAAAGCUUUUUCUGGAGGAUGGAGGAUGAGAAUAGCACUUGCUCGAGCCUUGUUUAUUGAACCUGAUCUAUUACUUCUCGAUGAACCUACUAAUCAUCUUGAUCUCCAUGCCGUUCUGUGGCUGGAAUCUUACCUUGUGAAAUGGCCGAAGACAUUUAUUGUUGUUUCACAUGCCAGAGAGUUCCUGAACACAGUGGUCACAGAUAUCCUCCAUCUUCAAGGACAAAAAUUGACUGCAUACAGAGGUAACUAUGACACAUUUGAGAGGUCAAGGGAGGAACAAAUCAAGAACAAACAGAAAGCUUUUGAGGCAAAUGAACGUGCAAGAUCUCACAUGCAGUCAUUCAUUGACAAGUUCCGCUACAAUGCAAAGCGAGCAUCACUUGUUCAAUCAAGAAUCAAGGCUCUUGACCGGUUGGGUCACGUGGAUGAAGUUUUCAAUGAUCCUGACUACAAGUUUGAAUUCCCAUCUCCCGAUGAUAGACCAGGCCCGCCAAUCAUAAGUUUCAGUGAUGCAUCUUUUGGAUAUCCUGGGGGUCCGGCAUUGUUUAAGAAUUUGAACUUUGGAAUUGAUCUUGAUAGCAGAAUAGCAAUGGUUGGACCAAAUGGUAUUGGAAAAUCAACUAUACUAAAACUAAUUUCUGGGGAGCUUCAACCAAGCUCUGGGACAGUUUUCCGUUCAGCCAAGGUCAGGAUUGCUGUAUUUAGCCAGCACCAUGUUGAUGGUCUAGAUCUAUCUUCUAAUCCCCUGCUGUACAUGAUGCGUUGUUUCCCGGGAGUUCCAGAACAGAAGCUAAGAGGACAUUUAGGCUCAUUUGGCAUAACUGGCAAUCUUGCCUUGCAGCCGAUGUACACUUUAUCAGGUGGUCAGAAAAGCAGAGUUGCAUUUGCAAAGAUAACCUUCAAGAAGCCUCACAUUUUAUUGCUUGACGAGCCUUCUAACCAUCUUGACUUGGAUGCCGUUGAAGCAUUGAUUCAAGGUCUUGUCUUGUUCCAAGGAGGCGUGUUAAUGGUGAGUCACGACGAGCACUUGAUCUCUGGAAGUGUGGAACAAUUGUGGGCAGUCUCUGAUGGCAAAGUGACACCUUUCAACGGUACGUUUCAGGAUUACAAGAAGUUGCUACAGUCAGCAUAA